GGUCUGGUGGCAGCCGCCUUUCGGGCAACUCCGGAUCACUGCAAGGCCAGAUAGGUGGUUUGAAUGUCACCGCUGGUAGCCUCGGUGGAUCAUCAGUUCUGACGGGAGGCUCUAGAACUGGUUUUGGCGCCAGCGCCGGAGCAGGAGGUUCUAGUGGCGGUGCCUUGGGUGGAAGAGGUGGCCCGAUAGGUGCUUCUGGAAGCGCUGGUAGCGGCGGAAGAGGCGGUGGUGCUUCUGGCAAUUUGGGUUCCUCUGGUGGCAGCGUUGUAUUCGGGGGUGGAGCAGGGAGUGGUUCAAGUUCUGGCGGUGGUGCCUUAGGCAGCGGAUCAGCAUCUGGUGGUUCGAGUUCUGGCGGUGGCGGCCUUUUGGGCACCUCCGGAUCACUUCAAGGCCAGAUAGGUGGUUUGAGUGUAACCGCUGGUAGCCUUGGCGGAUCAUCAGUUCUGACGGGAGGCUCUAGCACUGGUUUUGGCGCCAGCGCCGGAGCAGGAGGUUCUAGUGGCGGUGCCUUGGUUGGAAGAGGUGGCCUAGCAGGUGGUGUGUAGGGUGAC